CAACACCGUCACAACUGCAACCUCACCACAGCACCACCAUGGCGUCCAACGUGGAGCAGUCGCCCUUCUUUCAACAGCGGAAGACCAAGGGCGAGCCUAUCGUCAAGGAACCUCCCAAGUUUGACCUCGAAUCAUACAUAUCCAACUAUGCUGGAUUCACACGCGUCGACCGACUCCACCACAUCGGCUCUCACUCACCGUACCUUGCCGUCGACGCAUAUCGCCUGGCCAUCACGGAGGCGAAGAAGGGCAAAAAUGUCGAUCUCUACACGAAACUGGCAGCCGACCUAAGCAGCAUCGUACCAGAUGACCCUGCGGCCCUGAUAGACACGGCGUGGGCGGAGAAGAAGACGCGCGAGACGCAGCUGGAGCAAAACAGGCUGGAGCACGAGUUGAAGUCGUACAAGAACAACUUGAUAAAAGAGAGCAUAAGGAUGGGCAAUGAGGACAUUGGCCACUUUUUCUAUGACACAGGCGAUUACAGCAGCGCGCUCAAGGCAUACAUGAAGAUGCGCGAGCACUGCACCUCGAACAAGCACCUCGCCGACAUGACCCUCCGCCUUGUAUAUGUCAGCAUCGCGCAGAAAUCCUGGUUGGGCGUGCAGGCAAACCUGGCAAAGGUCGACGCCGCGCAGCUCAAGGGCGACGACAAGACCAAACUCGAGCCUAUCGUGGCGGCCAGCUCAGGCCUCACGCACAUGUCCAUUGGAAACUUCCGCGAAGCCGCCACGCAUUUUCUCGGUACCUCGCCUGCCUUUUUGACCGUUGAGCCUGCAGCAAACAUCACAUGGCAGAAAGAGGUCUUGACUGGCAACGACGUGGCCGUAUACGGUGGGCUGUGCGCGCUCGCAUCCAUGGACCGUACCGAUUUGCAGAACAAGGUUCUCGGCAACAACGAUUUCCGCAACUUCCUCGAACUUGAGCCACACAUCCGCCGCGCCAUCAAUCUGUUCUGUAACUCCAAGUAUAGCGCCUGUCUCGAAGUGCUCGAAGGCUAUCGCAACGACUACCUCCUUGACGUUUACCUCUCAAAGGUUCUUGUCACCAUCUACGGUCGCAUUCGAACUAAGAGCAUUGUCCAGUACUUUAUUCCUUUCAGCUGUGUCACGCUUGACGAAAUGGCGUCCAAGUUCCCCGCGUCAGAGGACAAGAGUAUUGAAGACGAGCUGGAGUCGUUGAUCAACAACCGCACCUUGAACGCGCGGAUAGAUCUUGUAGAUCGACUACUGAUCUCCCCACCGACAAAUCCGCGUCAUAGUGUGCACGCGGAAGCUCUGGCUAUGGCAGAGACAUACGACCACACGCUCCGUCUAAGAUUGACGCGUCUCAACAUGCUGGCCGCAGGCAUGGAGAUCAAGCAGGAGAAAGGCUCGGCGGAUAAGAUGUCUUCGGACACUGGCGUCGGUAUCGGUGCCAGUUUGCGGGGUCUGGGUUCGAAGAUGGGUUUCACGUAGUGUGCGCGCUUCCACAAAAGGAAUUCUCGACGUAUGUCAACCGAUUAGCAUUUUCAGGCGUUAAAGAGAAACGGCGCAAGUAUAUAAUGGGCAUGAGACACAAUUCUGGCGUCCAGCGGUAUGAGCGAGGAUCGGGAUUUGGUAGGGAGGUAAAGUUGCACUCUUGUGUAGUCAGCCCACAAGAUCACUGAGCAAUUGGCAGGAGAGUAGAUACAGUACGAACGAGAUUCGUAUAUGUCGUUCGUACGAAGCUAGGCUGUUACUUUUUAGGGUGAUGUAGUUGAAAUAAAGACAGCAAGCUGAAGCCAUCGAGAGAAGGCGUAACGGGGCU